GUUAAUAGUGUCCUGUGUGUCUGUAAAGAUUCUGUGCAAAUGAAGCAAAACCUUUCCAACUCUCCAUACCCAUUGUCUCUUACCAGUAUCUUAGUCCCUGCCAACUAUGUGUAAGUCUCUUCUCUUUAGCCACUUCCCUGGGCUGUGCUCUUAUUUUCUCUAGUCCCCUUCUGCUGGGGAAUCAGGUUGUGUCCAGUGUCAGGUUGUGGCCAACACAGGACACACGCCUCUGCUCGCAUGGCAGCAUGGGUGUGGGACUGUCCCCUCAGUGAGGUUUCUGGGUCAAAGGGAAGAUGGCUCUCGAAACCUGGUACAAUUGGCCAACUGCCGCCCACAGAGGCUUUGCCCCGCAGGUGUCUCCUCAGAGCGUUGAUAAAGUGCCUGCUGCCGAGAAAUGUCUGACAACGAGGCAGAAGCCACUGCCGACACCCAGGUGACAACAGCGGAAGAACCAGUACAGCAGCCCAGCGUGGUGGACCGUGUGGCCAACAUGCCCCUCAUCAGCUCCACCUGCAGCAUGGUGUCGGCUGCCUAUACCUCCACCAAGGAGAGCCACCCCCAUGUCAAGACCGUGUGCGAUGCAGCCGAGAAAGGCGUCAAGACCCUCACAGCGGCUGCCGUCAGCGGGGCGCAGCCGAUCCUCUCCAAGCUGGAGCCCCAAAUCACAUCGGCCGGCGAAUAUGCCCACAGGGGGCUGGAUAAGCUGGAGGAGAACCUGCCCGUCCUGCAGCAGCAGCCGGGGAAGGUCCUGACGGACACCAAGGAGCUCAUCUCAUCCAAGGUGUCAGGGGCCCGAGAAGCUGUGACCAACACGGUGGGCAGUGCCAAGGACACGGUGGCCACCCAGGUGACGGAGGUGGUUGAUGCGACCCGGGGUGCUGUGCAGAGUGGCGUGGACAUGACUAAGUCCAUAGUGACCAGUGGCAUCCACUCGGUCAUGGGCUCCCGCGUGGGCCAGAUGGUGCUGAGCGGGGUAGACACGAUGCUGGGCAAGUCAGAGGAGUGGAUGGACAACCACCUGCCCAUGACGGAUGCCGAGCUGGCCCGCCUCGCCACGUCCCUGGAGGGCUUCGACAUCGCCUCGGUGCAGCAGCAGCGGCAGGAGCAGAGCUACUUCGUGCGCCUGGGCUCGCUCUCGGAGCGGCUGCGCCAGCAGGCCUACGAGCACUCGCUGGGCAAGCUGCGGCACUCCGGGCAGCGGGCCCAGGACGCCCUGCUGCAGCUGUCGCAGGCGCUCAGCCUGAUGGAAACUGUCAAGCAGGGAGUUGAUCAGAAGCUGGUGGAGGGUCAGGAGAAACUGCACCAGAUGUGGCUCCGCUGGAACCAGAGGCAGCUUCAUGGCACGGAGGGGGGCCCGGCCAAGCCAGAGCAGGUUGAGUUCCAGACGCUCACCAUGUUCCGUGACAUUGCUCAGCAGCUGCAGACCACCUGUACCUCCCUAGGGUCCAGCAUCCAGGGGCUGCCUGCCCACGUGAAGGACCAGGUGCAGCGGGCUCGCUGCCACGUGGAGGACCUCCAGGCCACCUUUUCCAGCAUCCACUCCUUCCAGGACCUGUCCAGCAGCAUUCUGACACAGAGCCGUGAGCGCGUCGCCAAGGCCCGAGAGGCCCUGGACCACAUGGUCGAGUAUGUGGCCCAGAACACGCCCAUCAUGUGGCUGGUGGGACCCUUUGCCCCUGGAAUCGCUGAGAAAGCCCCAGAAGAGAAGUAAGCUAGACAGGAAGGGGGGUGGGGGGUGAGAGGCUCCCUCCCUCCCUGAGGGGCCUGCAAGCAGAACUGGACCCCCAGACCUUGAAACACACCAUUCUUACCACUCCUGUCAAUUCAGCUGCCCCCUUGGGAAACUGAGGUCCUCAAAACUAACCAGUCCAUCCUCUCUCUCCGAGCUUGGAGGAAGCAGGUUGUGAUCCUCACCUCAUCAACCAUUAGGGUGAGGUUUCCUGGAAGCUUUUUUCUAGAAGGUUCCAAAAAAUUUUUUUUUCUUUUCCUAACUUAAAAACCAUGGAUAUAGUUCUUACAGCCCACUUUGUUUUCUAUAGCAAGGCCCCUGUGUAUCAGCCUUUAGCUAAUGGACUUGGACCUCUGAUCUGAACAGUGGGCCUCCUGAGGGUGGGGGAGGCAGAGUUGCGGAGGCUUAUUCUGGAGCAGAAGGGGAUGAGGCCUGCCGAGUGAGCCAUAAGUGCCUGGAGCGCCAGCGUUGCCUUAAUAAAUUUUACCUGCAGUGGAGUACAGCCCGUGUGUGUGUGUGUGUAGGCACACACGCGUGCGUCCCAGCGGCUGAGCAGCUCUGAUUUUUCUGUGGCUUUCUCAGUCUCUUCUUUGCUCUGCUCACAGGGGUUUGGGUGGGAUGGGGCCGGACCAGCUACUGGGCCUGAUGUCCAGACAAGGCCUGUCUUGUUAGUCGGAGAUGCGCUAGCCACUCUUGCCUGCCCUGAGGAGGGCGUGAGGUUCUUCACCCACUCCCACCUAAAAACUGUUUCUUGUUGGCAUAUGGCCCAUGAGCUAAGAACAGCUGACACUCUUAAAGAGUUUUAAAGCAAACCAAAAUAGGCAACAGAGACUGUUGAAAUAUUUACCUUCUAACCCUUUAAAGGAAAAGCUUGCCAGUCCUUGCUUGAGACCACUGGGCUCCUGUGACAUAUUCCUGCUUAGCCUUACAUAUUCUUCCCAGCGUUUAAAAGCUGCAAUGUGCUUUGCUGUGGUAACUGCAGAUAAAAUCGCAGAGCCACAUUAUGAUCCCAGGGCUAAGGAUCUUGGGUGACGCCCCAGAGAGAACUGAGGUGCCCCUCCGUGCUCCCAGCCAGGGCAGGUAAUGUUGCCUUUUCGUAGGGGCUCCAGUCUACGAACAAGGAUUUACGAGGCCUUACUUACACAGCAGUCCCCUCUCCUAUGUUCUAGCACCCGCAUUCCUGCAUUUACGCCCAGUGUGAGUAGAUGUCCACUCAAAUGUUCACAGCAGCUUUAUUCUUAAUAUCCCCAAACUAGAAACAAUUCCAAGUGUGCAUCCAGAAGAGAAUAGAUAAGUGAAUCGGGAAGAGUCACACCAGAGAAUAUGAUACAGCAAUGAACAGGGAUACAUGACUGACAUUUGCAAGGUGAACAUUAAUAAAGGGAAGCCUCAUUUAGAGUGGAGUCAGGAAGCCCUGAAGGGGGAACCCUCAUGCGUGAAUUUUGGGCAGGAGAAAGUUCACUUUGCCACCCCUGCUGGAGGAAGGGAGAUUUUCUCCUGGCCCAGCAACAGCCCAGCCAGUGAGAAACUGCCGCAGUUCGGCCAAUGAGAAAUCAUAACCGCUCUGAACUCUCCCUUUCCUCCAAUAGGCGUUCAUUCCAAGCAGCCCCUCCCAACUGCCUCCUCUAUAAACUAACAGUCCCCUCCUCUGUUCCUCCGCUAUUCCAGAGUAAACUCAUUUUGCUGGUAAAAAGUACUAGCUAUUUUACUUUUAAGGUUAAAAGCCACCAUAUGGAGGAAACUCACAGGUUUGAUGUUAAGUGAAAGAAGCCAGACAGAAAAGAAUCUGUACUGUGGUUCCAUUUGGAUGAAGCAGGUGAAACUAAGCUAUGAUGAGAAAAAUCUGACUGGCGGUGGCCUAGUGGGUGAUGAAGAAGGGGCACCCAGGGCUUCCUAGGGGUGGGAGUGAUCUGGGGUUGGCUGCAGGCAGUGUGUACAGAUACGAAAGUCCUCUGAGCUGUCCCUUUAAGAUUUAUAUAUAAGCUAUCCUUCCGUACAAAUUAAGAAAGAGAAAGUAACAUGGUGGCGAUGGAGGAAAUGAGCCCUUCUGCUCACUUCCUGGGGGGGAGUGUUGACAUGGAGCGCUGAUUUGGGGAAGAGUCUGGCGGUAUUCAGCCAGAGUGAGGAUAUGUCUUCUCAACAUCUGAGAGAAGACUCAGAAGUUCCCCUUCUCUGCAGCUACCCUAGAGAAACACUGUCAACUAAGUCACCUAAUCCUUUAAUCAACUCCAGGAGGCAGCUGCUCACAUCCUCUCUGUGUCUCAAGGGGACAUUGAGGCACAACUCAGGAGGCCCACCCUCAGCCUUACCUCACAGUGUAAGGAUUUGAACCAAGCACUCGGAUUUCCCCUACACUGUGUUCAUAACCACCACUUUAUAAGGUAGUGAUGCCUGUUUCGGGGGGAAUAGUGGAAGCAACCAGUAUGUCCAAUGAUGGGAGACUCAAUAAAUUGUGAUACACCAUGCAUAGCAAGACCAUAAGCCACUUAAAAACAGGUUGGGGCUACAUAUAUUGGCUCAGAAAAAGGUGGGACAUGUCAAAACCACCUAUGUCCCGGGUCAGCAAACUAUGGCCAUUGUCUGGCCCUCUGCCUGAUUUUAUAAAUAAAUAUUUUAUUGGCACACA